AUGGAAACAUCCUUUGGUACUCAAGUACCUCCUCCUACUGGCUUCAACUUUCUCCAGAAUAGUAGCUCUCCUAACUUCCUUCCCUUUUCUAAUGGUACUCCCAACUUUAAUAUAAACAAUAAGAGCAGCCUAAUUGCUGGUCAGAAUAAGACGAAGACACUUCAAUCCAACAAUAUGACGGAUUCUAAGCGACUGCGAAAAGGUGUAAACGGCGACAAGACAUAUUCGACUGCUGGCCCACUGGUAGCUAAUCCCGAAAGGCUUGGAUUCACCCAUUUAAAGCAUAAGCGUCGAGAAUUGCCUAGAUUCUUGAUCGGACAACAUCCUCAGUUGGAGCAGAGAAAGUUCGUCCAGGAUUCAUGGGAUAAGGCCAACCAGCAAAAGAUGCUGCAGUUGGAGGAUAGCAUCGAUGAUAUAACGGAACUGUACGAAACAUUGAGGAAGAUGAGAGAUAUGGAAAGAAAGAUGAUGGAAAACAAAGGCUUGGUUGAUAAGGCUGACUCCGCCAAGGAUCUUACUGAAGCGAUUUCCUUCCAAGGUACUUGCCAGGAUAUGUGUCCUGUCUUUGAAAGAUCUCGAAGGAAUGUCGAACAUACCGUUUUCUCCUAUGAAAGAGAAGCUACGAAUGAAAAAAAAGCUUCUAGACUAAAAGCUUUGAAAGUCUUUGCUCGUCCCGCAGCAGCGGCAGCUCCACCAUUACCUUCUGAUGUUAGGCCACCUCAUAUUCUAUCACAAACACUCGAUUACAUCAUUGAUAAUCUGCUAGACACACUGCCCGAAAGCGAGGGUUUCUUGUGGGACAGAAUGAGAUCCAUACGACAAGACUUUACAUAUCAAAAUUAUUCUGGUCCUGAGGCCGUCGAUUGUAAUGAGCGUAUCGUCCGUAUCCAUUUACUCAUAAUUCAUAUAAUGGGAAAGAGUAAAGGAGAUUUUUCAUUACAACAGGAACUCGAACAAUUGCACAAAUCUCUGAUAACACUUUCCGAGAUAUACGACGAGGUUAGGGCCGCCGGCGGUGAAUGCCCCAAUGAAGCAGAGUUUAGAGCCUAUGCAUUGCUCAGUAAAAUAAGAGAUCCUGCAUAUGACAAGAACAUCCAAGAAUUACCACAAAAUAUCUUUCAAAAUGAAAAAGUUCAAAUGGCACUUUGUUUUAGAAGAAUAAUAUCAAAUUCCAAUUUCAAUGAAAGAGGCUAUAUGAGAACAGAAAACUGUCUGAAUUUCUACGGACGUUUUUUCCAACUGAUCAAAUCAGGAAAGUUGCCGUUCUUACUGAGUUCCUUCCUUGAACUCUACGUCAAUGAAGUCAGAUUUUACGCCUUUAAAGCAUUGUCUCAUUCUGUUAACAAGAGACAUAAGCCUAUAUCUUUCAAGUACUUGAUAGAUGAGUUUCUUUUUAAUGACCAGCAAGAACUCGAGGGCUUUUGCGAUUACUAUUCGAUAACCAUGACAGGGGAAGGGGUCGAAUUGAAAUCAUUGACACACCACUCGCAUAAACUUAUGGAAAAACGGCCAUUGAAGCAUGCAUACCUCAGGUGCGUGGAUGAAAUGCUCAAUCGCAGCUCGUAUCCAGAGCUCAUAAAUUCCGGUAAAGAGGACAGUAAGAAUAACGUUAUAUUGAAUGACCGAAAUUCAUUAACAAUGUCCCAAACAAAGCCUAUGGUCGAAGCCAGUAUUCAGAAGAAAAGCUCAAGACCUGAGGAGGAAGUUGGUUUCAUACCAAUAGCACGACCAAACGAUACACUCAAUAGCAUUUCUUUUCCAACGGCAAAUAAAUUGAAUUCAGUCCCCAAACCAUCUAUACCACAGCAUAACGAGCCAAUUUUCAACAACGAAAGCAGCAGGUCUUUCACCAAAGUCGAAAAUGGCCUUCCUACAGGACAGACUCAUACUCAGUUAGAUGCUGUAAACAAUAGGAAAUCUGACUAUGAGAGCGAAAAGAAACUCGAGGAAGAAAAGAGGAAGAUCGAGCUCAAAGCCAAGAGACAAAGAAGUCGCAAUGAGGUUUCCAAGGAAUUGGCAAGUGAACUUGUUAAAAAUGUUGUUCAUGAAGAGAUAUCAAAGAUUAUCCAAGAAUUUUUGCAGAAAGAUAGCAAGAGAAAAGUUGAGAUCGAAUCUCUGGCACAAGGUCUAUACCAAGCCUUUUUACAUGAAAAGCUAUACCAAAUUUAUCUGGAAUCGAAAGCAGACGUCUUUCACAACAAAAAAAUAGAGAAUCAAAAAUGGUCAAAAUGGAGGGCCGCAUACAAAUCUAUACACGAAAAAAGAGAACUGGAGAAGAAGAGAAAAUCAGAGAUAAAGGAUGUUGCACGGUUACUGGGGGUCCCAAACUGUAAAAAAUCCAAAUUGAUGACGACCCCAAGAAGUAGCAACAUGUCAUUCAUACUAUCAUUGUCAGCGAGGAAGGAAAUGACCUAUUCACCCGUGGCUGAUGAAACUAACAAGUUUUCAACUCUGAAUGAGAGAAAAAAAGAUGCAUGGGAGCCAUUCGAUUUGAAAAAGAUUUUUUUCAAUGAGCUCGAUAAAAAAUGCCAAAAAUCUGGUAGCAUUUCGAAGGCCGAUGUGUUCAUUUAUGGGAAAAAUUGGUCAUCUGUUUCUAACAGUUGGGUGAUGAACAAGUUCGAUAUUUGCAAGAAGAAUUCUCCCGUUAUAUUGAAAGGCACAAGCCUCGAAAUGACGAUAAGUUGUAUCGAUUCGAAUUAUGAUCCAGCUAAUUUCGAUAAUGUACAGCUGCUUGUCUUCAAUACGGGGGUAACUGAUUCUGAUAUUUUUGAUUUGGAGAUGAAACUACAGCAGGAUGGUGAGGAGCUGAUCAAGCUGGUAACCGGAAUCUCACUAAACACCAAUUUAUGUUUCGAUUUGGUAAUCCUAUACUGGGAAUCCACGGAGACGCCACUAGAUGAUUCGACCAUUUGCAAAUACCUGAAGCUAAAUCGAAUCUCAAAGAGCUUCAAUAGCGUAAUCGAGAACCUCAGUAUCAUAAACAUCAACGGUAAUGCACCACACAAAGAGUUGCAAAAAGGCUUGGAGCUUGUGUCCCAUAGAUAUAAGUUCAAAUUAACAGAUCGAGGUAAGUACAACUCCAGUAUCCUCAAGCGCCGCUCUUUAGCCGGAAUCUGCGGUCAGAAAGGUCUUCCCGAUGCUACGAAGGACAUCGACACAAAGAUGAAAAAGCUACUUGAACAAGAACAGAGCAAGCAUGAAAAGGAGCUAGACGAUAAAAACACUUAUGCUCACUUAAAGCACCACAUUGCUGCCUCUCCUAAGGGCAAUAAGAGAAAAUUACCAGUUCUGCUUUCCAAGGCAAAAGAAAAUAAUUUUAAGACCCCACUAGCCAAGAGAUGCAUAAGUUCGUCUUCCCCUGCAAUUACCUCACAUUUAGCAACCAAGUUCAGACGAGAUCCACAUUCGACUCGUUACCAACGGUCUCUAGCACCUGGCACUCCAACUCACUGCAACAAUGUCCCCGAACAAUCCGCCACAGCCACCACUUCUCUACUAACCAAUGCUCCCGACACCUCAACCGGCUCCAACACAUCAUUCGAGCGCCCGAUGAUAAUCCGAGAACCUGCUCUUUUCCGCACUCCAAUCAAUUCCACUACCUCGAACGGAUCGCCCUCCCUUGCAACGACCACGCAUCGCCGCGACAUCCCGGAAAGUCUGGUGGAGCUCAAGGCCCUGAUAGACUCCGUGAAGAAGAAGGUCAACAACAGCUAA